AUGGUUAUUGUACCUAAUAUUUUACGCCUACGAUUUAGGAUUGUAUUACCAAAAAUACCAGAUGUUGUACAUCCCCCUGUUCCAACUUCAGCUCAACAUUUAGCAUUAGAUGAAGCAGCCCAAUUAUUAUCCGGUGAAAGUUAUGAUCCAGAAAUACGUCCAGGAUUAUUUCAAGGUGAUAUGGCAAUUAACGAUGAUAUGUACAAUCAUUGGCGUGUUGGUAUCCGAUGGGAUGUAUUCCCUGAACGUAAAUGGUUGAAUCGUACGGUGCCAUAUGUAAUCAGUCCAUUGUAUGAAGCACCAGAAGUAGUAACCAUAUAUAAAGCGAUACGGAUAUUAAACUUUAUGACGUGCGUAAAAUUUGUACCAUGGAAUGGUAAACAAAAGGACUUUUUAUUAAUAUGGCCAAUUAAAUAUCCACGUGGUUGUUGGUCAUAUGUGGGACGUUAUGGUGGACCACAGAUUGUUAGUUUACAACCGCCGGAUGAUCGAAGUGAAAAUUGUUUGGGUACUGAAGGACGUGCCAUACAUGAAUUGAUGCAUGCAAUUGGUAUUUUUCAUGAACAAUCACGGUCAGAUCGAGAUAAAUUUGUGAAAAUUCAUAAGGAAAAUAUUAGACCAGAAUUUCGUUCAAAUUUCGACAAACAAAGUAAAAAGAAUACAACAUACAGUUUUGAAUACGAUUAUGAUUCGAUAAUGCAUUAUGGUGCAUAUUUUUUUAGCAAAGGAAAAGGUAAACCAACAAUUACAGCUAAAAUGAAAGGUGUACGUUUAGGUCAACGUAAAGGAUUGUCCAAAACAGAUUGUUUAAAAAUCAAUGAUUUAUAUGGAUGUUUGGAUGAUGCACGAUUAGCCAGAAAAUAUUAUAAUAUAUGUAAUUAUUUAGGAUUGUGA